UAGAUCUGCAGCAUGUUAAUGUUCAAAACGCUUGGUCUGCUUUUACUUGUUAGCUGGUCAAAUGCAUUUGAUGAUACUCCAGCUUGUACGCAAAUUGAAAAUUUAUUUCAAACACUUUGUGCCCGAGACGAGGCACAUACAUCAAUCGGAACUGAUAGAACCCAGGGUUCUCCGGGAAAGAAAGGACCAGUUGGAGAAAAGGGUGAAAUAGGGCGACCUGGACCCGUCGGACCUCCGGCUGUCGUGGAUUACGAACACAUCGAAUCUGAAAUAGACGAGAAAAUUGCGCCAGUUAUCAGUCAAUCGACUGCGAACAUCAACACCCUCACCUCUGUGAUAGAAAAAUUAGAGGAACGAAUGAAGAUUCUAGAAAGCAGACAAGGGGCGUGUGAAAUAAAGUUCGAUGGAAAAUGCUACUGGGUGGAGAGACUUGAUCAUUUUGUGGCUGGCUAUGAUAAAUUGGCUAGAAUAUGUGCGGAACGAAAUGGCUCACCAGCAAAUAUUUAUUCCGAGACACAUUACAAUACCAUGAUGAGAUUCCUUCGAGCGAAAAUAUUGGCAAAGAGGGAUGUGAUUGCCAUAUGGGUGGGAAUGCGAACAAACCCAACUACUGGAAUCGUGACACUUUCCGAUGGAAGUCGUGCUCCAUUUAUGAAAUGGUAUCCUGGAUAUCCCUCUAAAUCUUCUUCUCAUACGCACAUGACAAUUGUUCAAAGAGUUCCAUCAAGUCGUAGCAACAUUGGUAUUCACAAUUUGACACCAACGUCUACUCGAGAUGGCGUAUUAUGUGAAUUAUAGAGCAGUAACAAUGAUUCGGAUAAUUUUCAUGACAUGGAAAUACUUCGUAUUUUUUAUCUAAUUCACGAACGUUAGACACAGUAAACGAUUAAAGCAAUGUUUUUUGAAACUUAUACUUCAGGAACCUGA